UGGUUUGUUCCGCCCCCUGUAGCCAGAGUGACAGCACGGAGGAGGGAUACGUCUGCCAACUGCCGGAUUUCCCAAGUUUGCCUGCCCUUGCCUAGGUGCGAGCUGAGGUGUGUGAGUGUCGGGGAUCAGCGGGAUUGGGGAGGCCCUGGCCUGGACGACCCCCGCCAUCCCGGGUCUGAAAACAGGAGCCCCGUGUCGUAGGAGGCGCGGGAAGGAAGGGAAAAUUUCAAGCAAGUAUUACUAAAGAGAUUUUUAGUGAGCACCGAGAAAAAGAAGCAGACUGGGUCGUAGGGCUAGUAUCUCUUCAUCAACAGAUUUCCAACUUGAGUUAUUACCCUGAUUGUAUCGAUAUAGCUAAACAUUCUGUAAGCAAGAUAAAAGUGAGGUAUUUUAGAGACCCAAGAUGGGCAGAAAGGAUGCUUCCACUUUAAAACUUCCUGUUGAUCAAUAUAGAAAGCAAAUUGGUAAACAGGACUACAAGAAAAACAGACCUGUUUUAAGAGCAGCCAAGUUAAAAGCAGAAGCCAAGAAAGCAGCAAUAGGCAUAAAGGAAGUUGGCCUUGUCCUUGCAGCUAUAUUGGUACUCCUGCUGGCUUUCUAUGCUUUCUUUUAUCUUAAAUUAUCUGCUGAGGUUGACCCUGUCCUGGAGGUGAAUGGAAAUUAGCAGUGCAUUGAUCAUUGGCUCUUGGUCCUUUUUUGGAAAAGGGAAUACCUUGGAUAACACUAUUUGGGAAUGCUCUCACCAACAACAUUCAGAACUUUUUCAAAGCAUGAAACUCCUCAGGAUCUUUCAGCUAUUCUUCACUUGGGGAACAUUUUUAAGGUUUAAAUGAAUAUCAAGCAAAGAUCCUCAUCUUGUAAUGGAAUAUGUCAAGUUGCACUGGACAUUCUUCCCAGCUGUUGUUGUUGUUUUCCUUAUAUUGCAGAAAAGACAAGUUUUCUCUACUUAUACUGCUUAGUUAUUAAAAAAAAGAAAAAACAAACAAAAUAAAACAAACAAACAAACAAACAAAAACAAUGGAGCUUCUCUUCUUGGUCCAAUUUCCCAGUACAAUUGCAAAAAUCAGAAUUGUUUUCUGAUCAGCACAUCCUUUGUUUCUUUCCAAUCACAUGGAUUGAAAUUCUAAAUUAAAGUUUAUUCUUAUUUAUGGACACCUACUCAGAUUGCAUUCAUACUUAUAUGAUUGGAGGAAAAGUUCCAGGAAAUUUUGUGUUUUAGAAGAAAAUGCUACUUUUUCCACAAGCAUAUUUUAUUUCAUCAUAGAUUCUAUCUGCACAUACAUUUACAGUCAUCUUUUUCUUUCUUCGCCAACUGUUCAGUGCACAUGUGCUCUUUCAGAAAUGGCACCUGGAUGACAGAAGCUCGAAGAGUCACAUAUGCCUCUAAAAUCGAGUUCUUUGCCUCUUGGGCUGUCUGAACUGGUGUAAAUAGAAAGUUCAGUUGAUGUUGAUUUUAAUUAGUAUAUCACUCUAUUAAUACAAAGUUGGAAUUCUACUUUAAUUAUGUUGUUCCUGCUGCUUCAAGUAUCAGUUUGCGCCUCUUGUUAGGAAUAUGUAAAAAAAAAUCUUUUUCAUGCAUAUUCUUCCAAAUAAAAAUGAUCCAAAGUUUUUGAAAUUUUGCUUUAUACAAAUUUACAUUUCACCUCUCAAGACAUAACUCAAUUAAAUCUCAAAGAGGAAAUAACUUAUGCAAGAAUAAAUUGUAUAUAUUAUAAAAGCUUCCACUUAUACAAAUCUUUUUUUACAGUUAUUCUUGACUCAUUUAUCAGAAAAUAAAUUUGACAAAUUCAGUACUUUAAAAAUUGAUGACUUUUUAAUUUCCAAAGAAUGCAUAUUUUUAAAAAAUGAAAUAUUAAGUACCCUGGUAAACCAGUACAGGAGCUUAUGAAGAACUUUUUAAUGGCAUUAUGAAAGCAUCAAGGAUUUACAUAUUGACACAAUAAAUAAAAAUACACAGAACUGAAAAGUUUGUAUUAGCAAAAUAAAGCAUAGAAUUUUCAAAUCAUA